AUCAUGUCAUCGUCAUUAACAGUAAAUAUUUCUAGUGAGCUUUUGGAGUGAAUAUUCCUCCUGAGGGCACUAAGGCUUGGCUCAUCUUCAUUGAACUCCCUACUCAUUCUUCUUCAUGCCGAUUACAAUACCAGCUCUUUCUUCUCCGAGCUUUUCCUUCAAGCGCCAUGCCCCUCUAGUCACAGUCUCUUCCUUUUCCCAUCCACAUGUCCGUAUAGGCCGCGCUGUAAUUUCAAAUGCCUCAUUUCCGACGGCAACCCGAGCGUGUACGGGUCAGUGUAGAUGGAAUUAUAUUGGGAUUUCAGGUAAAAUACCUAGAUUUUCGAUGGGGAGGCAUCUAGGGGUUUCUGUGAACGCAAGGGACAACGAAAGGGAGCUUAAUAACGGAGUUAGCGAAGCUUCUAGCCUUGACUUCGAUCAGGCUGAGAAGGAAGCUCGAGCCCAGAGUACCAUGCCUGAGCGGUUUAGGUACUUGACUAAAGAAGCUCCUGAACCCCCUAUUCGGUGGCCGUGGUUUGUAGCACUGGCUUUCCUUAUUUAUGCUUGGAGAGCUGUUUUAUUUGAACUAUCAAAUUGGAGGAACGCUGCUCUUGGUAUUUUUCGUUUCAUGGGAUAUGUCUUCAAAUAUAUUUUGGCCGUAAUCUUCCAUUUCAUUGGGGAUCCUAUCACUUUCUCUAUUAGACUUGUUGAGGAUGUAUUCUACACAAUUCGAGCUUUCUACUCUGGGAUAGUUGCGUAUGCUCCGGUACCAGAUCUCACCAUCAUCAUUGUGCUGGCAUCAAUUGUUUUAGCUGUUGCAGAAGCUACUGUCCCUAAUAGCAUCAACAGCCAACCGUAUGUGUUGACUGUGUCAGGCCUAAUUGGCUAUGCCGCGGUUAAAGGCUAUAUCUCAGAACCUUUUUUCUGGACACUACUAGUGGGGCUGUAUGGUUUUUCACGACUUGUUAGAAAGAGAGACGAUGUAUCGUCCACAAUGCCUGUUGCAGCUGUACUUGCUGCCAUUGGCGAGCCUUGGAUAAGAGUUCUUGUGUUGAUUUCUUUUACCGCCUUGGCUAUUUCUCACCAUUCAAGAACGCUUUCAGAAGGAAAAGAAAUUGCUGAAGUUGGAACAGCAAAGAGGAGGCUUCCAAUUCCACUGCUCGCUGCAGCUUUAGCAAUUGGUAUCCGUGUUGCUGCCAAAUGGGCUGGGUAUCGGCAUUUGACAUGGAUGAUUGUAUGAGUUUAUGAUGGCUAUGACCUACUUAUCUACUGGAAGAAUAGAGCCAAGAGGUUCAUGCAGUUUUGAGGCAACAUGAACAAUAUGAUAAUUUCUUGU